AUGCCCUACGAUCUCGUUACCUCUUAUGCCGGGGAGACCUUCUUGUCGGGGUUCAACUGGUUUAACGGCGCUGACCCUUCCAACGGCUUCGUCGAUUACCAAUCGCGAGAAGAUGCCACCAAGCUGAACCUCUACGGCAUAACUAACACCGGCUCUGUCAUCCUGAGGGCUGACCCUGCCAAUCCAGUGCUUCCUGGAGAAAGGGGCCGAGCUAGUAUUCGUUUGGAGAGCAAGGCAGCGUAUAACCAUGGACUCUUCAUUGGAGACUUUGCUCAUAUGCCUGCGCCAAAGUGCGGCGUCUGGCCAGCUUUCUGGGUUUAUGGACCCGACUGGCCCAACAACGGUGAAAUCGACAUCAUCGAGGGGGCGAACAAUGACCAGUUUAACCUCAUGACUAGCCAUACAGCCGAGGGAUGUUGGUCACCCUCCUCUGAAGAGGUCCUCUUCACCGGCGCCCAACUUUCCCGAAACUGCGCCGGCCGCGGCGGCUUGGGUCAAUUUUCGGGGUGCAGCUUCGUCAGUGAUGAUCCGCGGAGUUACGGGGACGGUUUCAACGCCGGAGGCGGCGGCAUAUACGCCAUGGAGUGGGAUGAGGAGUUCAUCAAGAUCUGGAACUUUCCCCGCGGUGAGAUACCCGAGGAUAUUCUUGCCAGGAAACCGGAUCCGUCGAGCUGGGUUACUCCCGUUUCUGUCUUCGGGGGCUCUAAGUGCGAUGUUGAUACGCACUACCGGGAUAUGAGCAUCGUCCUCAAUAUUAACUUCUGCGGUGACCUCGCCGAUCAGCUAUGGCUCCAAGACGGUUGCGGUACCGAGGAAUUCACUUGCGCGGACUUCGUCUCCGCGUUCCCCGAGGAGUUCCAGAAGACUUACUGGGAAGUGAACUACAUUGACGUCUAUGAAUUGGCUGGGAAGCCUGAGCCUAGCCGAGGACCUCAUCCUGAACCCCAACCCACGCGUGUUCCCGAGCCCGGGCCUGAGCACCCCGAGGACGGCUCUCAUCCCGGGUCCCCGACUGGCGCGAAUGGCGGCGAGGGCGGUGGUAACAGCGGCUGGCCCAGGCCCGCUUCCAGUCCCGGUCCAAGGCCGACCUCUGAGCUCGAUCCUGAGGGUGGACAUCCUGAACCGAGUCCGCGUCCCUACCCUAGGCCCAGCACCGAAGGAAGUGGAGGCAACGGAGGCAGCGGCGGAAACGGUGGAAAUGGGGGCGACGGCGGAACUAGUCAUCACAUCCCCAUUAGCCCCGGGGAACCUCACUGCUUCGGGGACGGAUGCAGCAAUAGUCCCGGUGCGCUCCUCAAUGGAACCCGCUGCGAGGGCGACGGGUGUGACUUGAUUUGUAGAAUCCCUGGGGGGUGCAAUGCUUGGCGUGGAAAGUCUCACGAGGAUGGUUCUCCUUGCUCUGGUCCUAGCUGUGGUGGCCAUGGUCCUGAAGGGGAACUCGACGGAAAUGAAGGCAAGGGAGGUAAUGGUGGGGGUGGUGGGAACGGAGGAAACGGAGGAAAUGGAGGCAAUGAGGGCAGUGGGUGGCGCAGUGGGAAUGGGGGCGGUGGGGGUAAUGGAGGUAAUGGAGGUAAUGGUGGUAACAGCGGGGGUAGAUGGGUCCGACCUGGGGUUCUUCACACGGAUCCUAGGCCGGUCCCGGAAACCAGUGGUGGAAACGGAGGCGGCGAAGGUGCCGGAGGCAGUGGCGGUGACAAUGGCAGCUGGGGACACGGAGGUAACAGCACUCGAAAUAACAACCAGGAUCGCCCGGCACCUCCUCCAAGGCCCCCAACGGGCCCCGGCUCACUUUCUGCCGAUCCCGCCGGUCUACCUCGCGGAAACAACACAAAUCAACGUCCCAGCGGCCCAGAUGGUGGUUACGUGACAGCGGCGGCAACAACGCUGGGCGGCGGUAUCCUCAGCACUCUGGCCGCAACGACCGUCCUCGCGUUCCUCAUCUGA